GCUGAGCUAAUAGGCCAAUUUGUUCGUGUAUUUCUAAUGAUAUAUUUAAAGAAUUAAUUUCUGAAACUCUUUCUUUCUACUUUGUAGUUCCUUCUCUCUUCCACAUUGGAAACCCCCACGGAGACCCAGAGCUUCCGCCAUGAAAGAAGAUUACGAGAUUGACGAGAAAAAGCAAGCCGCAGCUGAUGUUUUGUAUAACUAUUCAAAAUUUGUGAUGGCGUGCAUUGGAAAUCAAGUUCGACCUUGUGACCUGAGGUUGCAUCUGAUGAAGGAAAUUUCAGGUAUACCAACUUCUCUGAAGAAAGAUGCAUCCCAGAGAGCAGCUUCCCCAGAUGCAAUGGGCGAAUCAUCAAGCUCGGGUACAGCUAGACUUGACAAAACAGACAGUUUUCGGGACCGGUUGCUGUAGUCCGAAGUGGUGGCCGUCAGUUGUUUGACAGUCAAGGCCUUUGGCUGCCAUGGCUACCGCCCUCUUGUAUCCGGUUGUAUGUAGUGAUCUCGUUUGUGGGACAUUUGUAAUGUGAUGCAGAAGUUCAUCUA